GGCCAUGUCAACAAAACAGGAGGAGUUCACUAACCUGUCUCUGGACCUGGUUUUUGGAGUCUCUGUGGAAGACUUGCUCCAGGAGUACCUCAAGGAAAAAGAGCUAGAGUUCAGCUGUGAGUGCGGAGGACGGACGUCGAGUUACAGGUCGUCAUUCAGCACCCUGCCACAAGUGCUCAUCAUGCAGCUGAAGCGGUUUCGCUUCUCUCCGUCCCUCGAGCUCGAGAAGGCCGAUGAGCCCGUCACGCUGCUCAGGGACCUGGUCUUGACCUCCGCACAGGGCGGCAGCUGCUACAGUCUGAUCAGCACCAUCAGCCAUAUUGGCGGCACAGAAAGAGGACACUACAUCUGUGACGGGGUUCACCCCGACGACAGUCCAGACGAUCCCAGAGACCGCUGGCUCAGCUUCAACGACUCGGUGGUCUUCAGGACCAGCGGGUCUGCGGUCUGUCGGCACCAGAAGCAGGACGCCUACAUCCUGUUCUACAAGAGACAGGUGUAGGACAACGGGGGGGAGCAGUGCCCUAAAACGCUCCAGGAGCCACAUGAAGAGAGCCAUGAUCAUUCCUAUCACGAUGGAGCCCAUGGAGCCGCAGCUUUAUAUCCCCCUACCCUGAGGAGGAUGGACCCCCACGUCCCCCAGAGGGCCUGGUUUCCUCCCAAGGAUCCUCCCUCUCAGAGGGAGUUGUGCCUUUGCAGAUGUCGCCCCACACUUGCUGACAGCAGGGCGGACCCCCACCAGGGUGGGAACUCCCGGACAGAGAUGUUAAAGUCAUACUGUAAAUAUGUUGUCCUGUAAGGGAGACCUUACAAAGAAAGGUACA